CACUAUCCUCUUGACUUUACUAAACAGAGAGAAAACAAAAACAACAUAGAAAAAGAAAAUUUACAUAUUUUAAUAAACAAAUAAAUAAAAAAUGUUUCCACUUACUCCAUUAAAAUUUCAACUCCCAACCCAACUCCCACUUUCUUCUUCUCUCCCUUUCUCUAAAUUCAACAAAACCCAAAAACCUUUCUAUUUUCUCAUCUCCACCAUGCUUUCCCGUAAACUCUUUCAAUCUCAGCCGUACACGUCAUCACCACAUCUUCUACCUCGCCGCCACCACCACAUUUUAAUUCCUCUCCUCGCCGCAACCGCCGUCUUACUAACCAUCCUCCUCUUUUUUAUCUUCCUCUUCCGCCGCACCCGUAAAAAACGCACCGCUCCAUUCUCAAUCACCGACGAUAAUCCACCGCACCGGUUCUCCUACUCCCUCCUCCGCCGUGCUACAAACUCCUUCUCAGUUCCACUCGGUCAUGGCGGAUUUGGUACCGUCUUCUCCGGCACUCUCUCUUCGAAACCGAUCGCUGUUAAGCUCAUGGAUAGUUCAUCUCAGCAAGGUGAACGAGAGUUUCACAACGAACUCUUCUUCUCUUCGAAGCUUCGGUCUCUUUAUAUAGUUCCUCCGUUAGGGUUUUCGUCUGAUCCUAAACGGUGCCGUUUUCUUCUAGUUUAUCCUUUGAUGCAAAACGGUAAUCUUCAAGACGCGCUUUUGAAGCGUAAGUGUUCUGAGCUUUUUAAUUGGAGUAAAAGGUUUGAAAUUGUGAUGGAUAUAGCUAAGGGACUUUGUUAUCUUCACUCUUUUGAUCCUCCGGUUAUACACGGUGAUAUAAAGCCUAGUAAUAUUCUUUUAGAUUGUGAAUUUGCUGCCAAAAUUGGUGAUUUUGGACUUGCGCGGGUGAAAUCGGAGGCGGUUAGGGUUGAUGUUGAGCUUUUGGAUAUUGAUAGUGAGGAUGAAAUGAAGAAAAGGGAUGGGGAUUUGGAGUGUGGUGGUGUUAGGGUUGUGAUUGAUGAUUGUGGAUCUGUGGAAAGUGUUCAUACUACUUUUUUUGAAGAUGGUGCUAAUUUGGGUUUGGAGCAAUCUCCGAUGGCGUCGCCUAUGACGAUAGCUUUGGCAGCGUCGCCGGGGUUUGAUAAGGCUAGUGUGAAGAGUGAGAAGGAUGUGGUUAGUGUUGAGGAUGGUAAGAGGAAUGGGAAAGGGGUUGCGGGUAAUUCGGUUAGGGAUUGGUGGUGGAAACAUGAUAAUGAGGUUGCAGGUUUGACGCCGGUUGGGGAAGGUAAGAAGGUGAAGGAUUAUGUGAUGGAUUGGAUUGGAAGGGAAGUGAAAAGUGAAAAGAGUGAAUUAGUGGAAGAGAAGAUUGAGAAGAAGAAGAAGGAGAAGAAGAAGAACAAGAAGCAUAAAUUGGAAUGGUGGGAAUCAAUGGAUGAGGAAAACGUUGGUGGGGUGAUGAAGAAGGAUAAGAGAAAGUCGGUUAGGGAAUGGUGGAAGGAGGAAUAUUGUGAAGAGGCUGCAAAGGAGAAAAAGAAGAAGAAUAAGAUUAAGAAUAAGAAGAAAAAAGGCGUAGAAAAUGAUGAUGGCGUUAGCGUUGAUGAUAAUUGGUGGAUGAGUGAUGAUACAUUAUACGGGGAUAGAAAGAAGGAAAAGAGAAGAAGUAGAAAUAAUCGCGGUAGUGUUGAUUGGUGGUUAGACGGGUUUAGUGGCGAGUUAUGGAGAGCACGUAGGAAUAGUUUUGAUUCAGCUAGUGGAGACAUUCCAAAGAGUGGUGGUGUGAGUAGUACACCAAGUAUGAGAGGAACUAUUUGUUAUGUUGCUCCCGAGUUUGGCUAUGGUGAAGAUGUAUCCGAAAAAUGUGAUGUUUAUAGCUUUGGGAUCUUGUUGCUUGUUAUCAUUUCCGGGAGGCGCCCACUUCAAGUGACAGGUUCACCAAUGUCAGAGUUUCAAAGAGCAAAUCUUUUGUCAUGGGCACGCCAUUGUGCAAGAAACGGUAAGCUUAUUGAGUUGGUUGAUGAAUCUAUUCAGUCAUUGAAUAAGGACCAGGCUCUGAUCUGCAUCAAAGUGGCUUUGCUUUGUUUGCUAAAGUCACCUACUCGGCGUCCUUCAAUGAAGGAGGUUGUCGGGAUGCUAAGCGGAGAGCUGGAACCACCCCAGUUGCCUGUUGAGUAUUCGCCUUCAACCCCUUCUCGCUUCCCUUUCAAAUGUAGGAAGAAAAACCAAGGCCGGUAAGUUAGUUAUAAUAGAUACCAUCUCAUAAUUGAUUUUCAUGGAUAGUAAAUGCUAACGUAAUAUACUCGCAGUGCUAGUUUUCAAAUGAUAGAUUAUUGUAUAGGGCCUUAAGAGGUAGGAGCCGUGUUCUUACCAUAGAUAAGAGUUUUCUUUCUCUCCUUUUGUCUUGGUUGUUUUUAUUCCUGUUUACCAUUUUAGUCCUAGUCUUUUCACUUUUCUUCUGCUGAUACCAUUACAGGUUACGGUUUGGGGUUUGAUCUAUGUACAUUAACUUACUUCCAUUAUUCUUUUUCAUACUGAUUUGUAAUAUAGACAUGCAUUGAUUAAUGUUAUGUUUGGGAAUUAUACUUUAUGGCAA